AUGACUCUGGCCACCCUCAAUGAAAACAUCAUCUCGGAAAAACCUCUGAAGUCUCCCCAUAAUGAUGCAAUUCACCCUGAUCCUGAUGAGGAACACCCAUCCAAAUUCAUGUUUAAUGAAGAUAGUGCUUCCAUUGAUGCUCCUCUUGUUGGAUCAUAUAUUCUCUAUUCUCAGAAACCAUCUUCAUCCAAGCUAGCUUAUGGCAUUGGACUGUCCAUUUCCUCUUCUGAACCAGAUAAUGAUGAAAUUAAUAUUGACGAUCAAGCUCACAACAAUCGUGAAGGAAAUACUAAAACCAAUCAUCCCAAGUAUGAUCAAGCAACCACUACAAACAAAUUUGGCCCUUCUGAACCACCUAUGAAUCCAGAGCAUGAUAAAUCCAAGACAAUGAGUUCCUCUUUGGACACAUGA